AUGGCCGCUUCCGAGACCACCGCAUUCUUGAUAAGCAAUGCAUUCUUCCAGCUUUCGCGCAAUCCACCAGUGCUGCAGCGACUCCGCGAUGAAGUGAACUCAUUGGGGCCAUCGAAAGCAGUGGAGCUGGAUUUUGAGCGGUUGUCAAGCAUGAAGUAUCUUCGGGACGUCCUGAAUGAAACCUUGCGCUUGCACCCCAUCUUCAGUCAAAUGUUUCGAGUCGCCCUCAGAGACACGAAGCUUCCUUUAGGUGGAGGUCCCAAUGGUACUUCGCCUGUCUACGUCAGAGAAGGGACAGUAUUAGCGACAUCCUUCUACACUCUUCACCGUCUACCUUCUAUAUGGGGCUCGGAUGCAGCAGACUUCAAGCCAGAAAGAUGGUAUACUUUCAAGCCGAACCCUUGGGAGUAUGUGCCCUUUGGCGGUGGAUCUCGCGCUUGCGUUGGACAGCAGAAAGCGCUGAUGGAAGCUUCAUACGUUAUUGUUAGGGUACUGCAAGAGUAUAGCCAUAUUGAGAGUCGUGAUGGAAGAGAAUGGGAAGGGCACGUUCAAAUGACUUCCAAGAGUGCAAAUGGAUGCAAGUUGUCUCUUACCAAAAAUUAG